UCCGUGUACUGAUAAGAAGAAAGGCCCAGUAGUCAUAUCAGAGAUGAGCAUCCAUAAGGGGGCGUAUAAAUCGUCACUCAGUGGAAUUAUCAACGUUACCAAAGAUGUGGAGAACGGAUGGCUGCUUUUGGUGACAAUGCAGAAAUGCCACGACCUCCGCAACCUGGACACGUGCGACUUCUUCCGGACGAUGACGGUGGUCAAGGACGGCUGUCAGGGCUCAGGCGAGGCUGACGUCUAUAACGCGUUCUUCCAGUACGUCACGCCCAAGAUGGAGUGCCCAAUAAAGGCGGGUAGCUACAAGAUAAAUAAAUUCCCGGUGUUCACGGGCGACAGCGGGUUGGUGGCCGUCGAGUCGAGGAUAUCUACCAGCGUGUUUGGAUACACCUACCGCAUGGAGGGGCUCGACACCGAAUAUGACAGGAUCCUAUGUGUUGAGGCCCACUUAAUGAUGAUCUACGAGCGAAAUCACGAUUGGUUGAAUGACAUGAAGAAGGAUCGCAUGUCCACUACCAUAUUACCGCUUGUUACCGAGCCUGAAGAUGAAGGGGAUCGCGAUACUGAUGAUUAAGCGGACGAGGGAUGGUGAUGGUGCGAAAGGGGACGGUGAUAAUAAAAUGGGGGAUGUUGCUGGCGAAAAGAACAAUGGUGUCAGUGAAAAGGGGGAUGACGAUGGUGAAAAGGGAGAUGGUGAUGGUGAAAAGCCGGGUGAAGGUGGAGAUAGUGAAAAGAGGGAAGACGAUGGAGUAAAAGACGAUGGUUUCAAUGAAAAGAGGGAUGACGAUGGUGAAAGGGGGGAUGGUUAUAGUAGAAAUGGGGAAGGAAGGAAAAGAGGAUGAUAAUAGCAGUAAAGUAAUUAAUGAUAAUGACGCUAAAGGAAGUAGUGAUAAUGAAUAUAUUGAUAAUGAUAACGAUAAAUAAGUAAAUUACAUUAGGUUUGCAUAAUUCCAAUCUGCAGUAUCAAAUAUAGAUGUGGAUCAAACUGAAAAUAGUCUCUAUAAUUGUAAUACGAACUACUGCAAUUAAAGCUAUUAUGCUACAGGCACAACAUUUAUGUUCGAAGAAUUAACAGGAUCAUGUGAUACUUGGAACAUAAACCCCAUCAACUGUUAUACAAAACCAUGAAUCCUUUGCGAAUAAAUGAUUUUAUUUAGAUUUUUGAUUUGACACUUUCUAAGCUCG